AUGACAGUAGCGAGCGACGUGCUGCCAUUGAUCCACGCCUUGUUGACUCGCUCUGGCCUGAGAGAAGCAGCAACUGCAUUGGCAAAGGAAGCCAAGCUACAGCCCCAGGCGUUGGAGAGCACGCACGAUUUGGUCGAUGUGUACUCGUAUUACGUGACGCACAAAGUCAACGGGAGCAAAAGAGAGGCCGCGGCUCGCCUCGUGAAAGAGAACACAGUCACGAAAGAGCAGAAGAAGAAGAAGAAGAAGAAGAAGAAGAGGAAGAAGGAGGAGAAGGAGAAGAGUAGUGGGUCAUUGGACUCAUCCGAGGCUGAGAAGGAGAAGCAGUUGACGGGGAAGACGGGUUCAAGGAGCAGCGGUCAGAAGAAAGAAAAGGGGAAGACAGUGCUACAAGAUACAGAGGAGAAGGAGAGGAAGAAGACGAAGUCGUCCGUGAAAGCAGCUGAGAAAAGGGGGUCAAAGAAGGUGGCAGAGUCUCGAUCGAGCGACAGCUCGAGCGACUCGUCGGAUGAGGAAGUGGAAGGGGCAAAGACAUUGGUGAGGAAAAGAGCUGCUGCUGAUACGAAGAAGGGAAAGGCAAAGGCAAAGAAGAGUGAGUCGUCGAGCUCGGAUAGCUCGUCGGAUUCAUCGGAUGAGUCAGAGUCCGACGACGAAGCGAAGUCAAAGAUCCGCAAGCGGAAGACUGAGGCUCUUCCUGCCAAGAAGAACACCAAGAAGGUAAAACGGGACGCAGACUCGAGCUCAGAGGCCAGCUCGUCAUCAGACGAUAACUCUUCGGACUCUUCGGACUCAUCAGACUCGGACUCGGACUCUUCGGCGGACGAAGUGACUCGAAAGAAAGAAGCUGCACGUCGUGAUGAGGCAGCUAAGGCUGCGCUCGCGUGGCAGCCUAUGAAAAUGGUAACGGUCGCCACGAAGGUCAAGUCAGCGGGCACACCAUUCCAACGUGUCGAUGGCGAGUUCUGGUCGCAGAAAAUCGUGAAUGACACACUGCGUGACAACAGUUACGAAGGCACGUUUGGCACGGACGGUGUCGGUGUCAAGGCCAACGCGAAGCUUCUUAUGACGCGUGGGAAGGAUUUUACGAAGGGCAAGAAUAAGCUCAAGCGCUCGACGUACAUGUGCGGUGCCAUCAGCAUGGCCUCAAACUCUUUCAAAUUCGAGGACUAG